AUGGGGCCCUCUACCAGCUCGGGCUUCUACGUGAGCCGCGCGGUGGCCGCGCUGCUGGCCGGGCUGACGGCCGCGCUUCUGCUGGCGCUGGGUGUGUUCGCUGCCCUGUACGGCCACUGCACGCGCGUUCAGUCCUCGGAGCCGUGCGGCCACGCGGUCAACUGCUCAGCGUCCUCUGCUCCCCGCCAGCCAGAGGAGAAGCCGCCGACCUCGACACCCGAACCUGCGCGCGAGCCGGCGGUGGCGUCCACUACAAGCACCCGGCGACCCCCGGGGCCCUGGGACCAGCUGCGCCUGCCGUCGUGGCUCGUGCCGCUGCACUACGAGCUGGAGCUGUGGCCUCGGCUGCAGCCUGGGGACCUCUCAGCGGAGUCACUGAGCUUCACUGGCCGCGUGAACAUCACUGUGCGUUGCGCUGUGUCCACGACGUGGCUGCUGCUGCACAGCCUUUUCCUGGACUGCGAGCACGCCGAGGUGCGCGGUCCCCUGUCUUUGGACGCUGAGAAUGCCACAGUGGAUCGCGUGCCGGUGAACGACGUAUGGUUUAUGCUAGACACAGAGUACAUGGUGUUGGAGCUCGGGGAGGCGCUGCAGCCCGGAAGCCGUUAUGAGCUGCAGCUCAGUUUCUCUGGCCAGGUGUACCAGGACACCAGGGAGGGGCUGUUCCUCAACGUCUACACUGAUCAGGGCGAGCGCAGGGCUCUUUUGGCAUCUCAAAUGGAGCCCACAUUUGCCAGGAUGGUUUUUCCUUGUUUUGACGAGCCAGCACUGAAGGCAACCUUUAAUAUUACAAUUAUUCAUCAUCCAAGUUACGUAGUCCUUUCCAACAUGCCAACACUGGGUCAGACUGAAAAAGAUGUGAAUGGAAAAAAAUGGACUGUUACGACCUUUUAUACCACACCUCGAAUGCCAACUUACUUGGUUGCAGUUGCUAUAUGUGAUUAUGACUAUGUGAACAGAACAGAAAGGGGCAAGGAGAUACGCAUCUGGGCCCGGAAAGAUGCCAUCACAAAUGGAAAUGCCGAUUUUGCCUUGAACAUCACGGGUCCCAUCUUCUCUUUUCUGGAAGAUUUAUUUAAUAUUAGUUAUCCUCUGCCAAAAACAGAUAUAAUUGCCUUGCCCGUUUUUGACAAUCGUGCAAUGGAGAAUUGGGGAUUACUGAUGUUUGAUGAGACAUCAUUAUUGCUGCAACCAAGUGAUCAACUGACCGAAAAGAAAACCCAGAUCUACUACACUGUCUCCCAUGAGAUUGGACAUCAGUGGUUUGGAAACUUGGUUACCAUGAAUUGGUGGAACAAUAUCUGGCUCAAUGAGGGUUUCGCAUCUUACUUUGAGUUUGGAGUAAUUAACUACAUCAAUCCUAGACUCCCAAAAAAUGAAAUCUUUUUUUCUAACAUUUUAAAUGGUGUCCUCAGAGAAGAUCAUGCCCUGGUGUCUAGAGCUGUGUCAAAGAAGGUGGAAAAUUUCACAGAAACAAGUGAAAUAAAUGAAAUAUUUGACUUAUUCACUUACAACAAGGGAGCAUCCAUGGCACGGAUGCUUGCCAGUUUCCUGAAUGAGAAUUUGUUUAUUGGAGCCUUGAAGUCAUAUUUGGAGACAUUUUCUUACUCAAAUGCUGAGCAAGAUGAUCUCUGGAGGCAUUUUCAAAUGGCCAUAGAUAAUCAGAGCAAAAUUCUUUUACCUGCAACAGUGAAAAGUAUAAUGGACAGCUGGACACACAAGAGUGGCUUUCCAGUUAUCACCUUAAAUGUAUCUACCGGCAUGAUGAAGCAGGAGCCAUUUUAUCUUGAAAAAAUUAAAAAUCAGACUCUUCUCACUCACAAUGACACAUGGAUUGUCCCUAUUCUUUGGAUAAAAAAUGGAACGGCACAACCGUUAGUCUGGCUUGAUAAGAGAAGCAAGGUAUUCCCUGAAAUGCAAAGUUCAGAUUCUGACCAUGGUUGGGUGAUUUUAAAUUUGAAUAUGACUGGAUAUUAUCGAGUUAAUUAUGAUAAAUUAGGUUGGAAGAAAUUAAAUCAGCAGCUUGAAAAGGAUCCUAAGGCUAUUCCUGUUAUUCACAGACUGCAGUUGAUUGAUGAUGCUUUUUCCUUAUCUAAAAACAAUUACAUUGAGAUUGAAACAGCACUUGAUUUAACCAAGUACCUUGCUGAAGAAGAUGAAAUCAUAGUAUGGCAUGCAGUCUUGGCAAACCUGAUAACCAGGGAUCUUGUUUCUGAUGUGAACAACUAUCGUUUAUACCCAUUAUUGAAGAAAUAUCUGUUAAAGAGACUUAACUCAAUAUGGAAUACUUACGCAACCAUCAUUCGUGAAAAUAUAGCAGCACUAGAAGAUGAUUAUUUAGCUAUAUUAUCACUGGAAACACUCUUUGGAACUGCAUGUUGGUUGGGCCUUGAAGACUGUUUGCAGUUGUCAAGAGAACUCUUCAGAAAAUGGAUGCAUAAUCCAGAGAAUGAAAUACCUUACCCAAUUAAAAAUGAGAUCUUAUGCUAUGGCAUUGCCUUGGGAAAUGAUAAAGAAUGGGAGUUUUUGUUCAAGAUCUACACUAAUAUAACAAAUGAAGAUGAAAGGUUUCAACUUGCUUAUGCUCUGGGCUGCAGUAAAGAGCCGUGGAUACUUCGGAGAUAUAUGGAAUAUGCCAUUACUGCAUCACCAUUCAAUUUUAAUGAAACAAAUAUAAUUGAAGUUGUGGCAGCAUCAUCUGAAGUCGGUCGGUACAUUGCAAAGGACUUUUUAGUUAAUAACUGGCAAGCUGUGAGUGAAAGGUAUGGAACACAAUCAUUGGUUACUCUAGCAUAUAUUAUAGGAAGUUCCAUGAGCACAGAUUUGCAGAUCACAGAGUUGCAGCAGCUUUUCAGCAACAUGUUGGAGGAGCACCAGAAGAUCACAGUUCACGCCAAACUACAGAUGAUAAAGAAUGAGAAUCUCAAAAUAAAAAAGCGGAGCGCCAUGCUAGCUGAGUGGCUGCAGAAGAACACAUAG